AUGGAUGGAAAAUGGAGAUGCCAUUGGGCUUGGUGCUUCACCUUAUGGUGUGUUCUUGCAUAUACCAUUUCAGAAUUUUUAGGAAAGUCCAUAGUUCUGGCCACAGAGAAGAACUAUAUGUAUAACAAACAAGGAAGAAGGAAACUAGAUGAUGUCUCUGGUUCUAUUUCCAUUGACUGUGGCAUAGCAGAAGAGGUUACCUACACUGAUGAGAAAACUCAGAUUCAUUACUUUUCAGAUGCACAGUUCAUUGGCACAGGAAUAAGCAAAAACAUAUCCCUCCAGUUCAUUUCUGAAAAAACCCAGAGAACUUUCACAACUGUGAGAAGCUUCCCUGAGGAGAAAAGGAACUGCUACACACUAAAACAUCCAGAAGGCAGAAAUACUAUUUACUUGAUAAGAGCUUCUUUCAUGUAUGGAAACUAUGAUGACUUGAAUAAGCUGCCACAGUUUGAUCUCUAUGUUGGGGUUAAUUUAUGGGACUCUGUGAUGUUUGACAAUGCCACUCAUGUUGUAAUCAAGGAGAUUUUACAUGUGCCAUCCGUGGAUGACUUAUAUGUUUGUUUGUUGAAUACUGAUAUGGGAACUCCUUUUAUAUCAGCACUGGAGGUGAGGCACUUUGAUGAUUCCAGUUAUAGAACAAACUCUAAACUAUUAUCCCUGUAUAGACGUUUUGACAUUGGCUCAACAACCAAUGAAAUAGUGAGGUUUGAAGAAGAUUCUUAUGAUCGAAUGUGGUAUCCUUACGACUUACCAGAUUCUACACUUCUCAAUACUUCCUUCACCAUUGACUCCUUGAACCAUACUGCAUAUCACCUGCCAUCAGCGGUAAUGCAAACUGCUGUGAGACCCAAAAAUGAAAAUGAUUCCCUGGAAUUUGAUUUUGACACUGGACAUCCUACUUCAGAUUCAUAUGUUUACCUGCACUUUGCUGAAAUCGAAGAGCUUAAGGAAAACGAAAGCAGGGCAUUCGAAAUUACAUUGAAUGGGAAAAUUUUGUCUGAAUCUGUGACUCCCAAGUAUUUGCUGUCAACUACGAUAGAUAGUAAACAGGCCAUCAGGGGAAAUAAGCUCAAGUUCUCUAUGUACAAGAAACCAAAUUCCAGUCAUCCUCCCAUUCUAAAUGCAAUGGAGAUUUAUAUUGUUAAAGAAUUUUUGCAUUUACCCACAGAUUCAGAAGAUGUUAAGGCUAUCAUGUUCAUCAAAUCACACUACAAGUUGGAGUCUUCGUUGGGUAAAUCUUGGCAAGGAGAUCCUUGUGCACCAUUGAAAUACUCUUGGAAUGGCCUCAACUGCAGCAAUAAUGGAUAUAAAUCACCCACAAUAACUGCGUUAAACCUAGCCUCCAGUGGAUUAGAUGGCACAAUAAUUCCUUCUUUUCUGGAGCUCAAAUUCUUAGAAUCCUUGGAUUUAUCGAACAAUAGCUUAACAGGACCACUGCCUGAUUUUUCAAAUCUGCAAUACUUAAAGACUCUCAAUUUAUCAGGGAACAGACUCUCGGGUGAAAUUCCUCCAGGUCUCAAGGAAAGAUUAGAUGAUGGUUCCCUUUUGUGGAGAGUGGAUGGAAAUCCGGAUCUCUGCGUGACAGGCCCAUGUGAAGAGGACAAAACACAUAUUAUCCGACUUGUUGCAGGCAUUCUUUCAGCAAUAGUAUUUUUCAUUGUGUUGGGCAUUGUAAUGACUAUCAUUUGGAGAAGGAGAUGCAACAGAAAACCAGUUUCAAAGCGGGCUGUUAGAUCAAACGAAGAAGUUGUGCUGAAGACAAGUAAUAAACAGUUCUCGUACUCUCAGAUAAUGACUAUAACCAAUAACUUCGACAAAACAAUUGGGAAGGGAGGGUGUGGAGUCGUUUAUCUUGGUUCCUUACAGGAUGGCACACAAGUUGCUGUCAAAAUGCUCUUGCCACAAUGCCCUCAAGGAUCUCAGCAAUUUCAGACUGAGGCUCAACUCUUAAUGCGUGUGCAUCACAAGAACUUAGCUUCCUUUCUUGGAUACUGUAAUGAAGUUGGACACACAGCCAUCAUCUACGAAUACAUGACUUAUGGGAACUUGGAGCAGUAUCUUUCAGAUGCCAGGAGAGAGCCAUUGAGUUGGAGACAGAGGAUUCAGAUAGCAGUUGAUGCUGCUCAAGGUAUCGAGUACUUGCAUCACGGCUGCAAGCCACCAAUAAUCCAUAGAGACAUAAAGACUGCAAACAUUUUACUGAAUGAGAAAAUGCAAGCAAAAGUAGCUGAUUUUGGUUUCUCAAAACUUUUCUCGGCUGAAAAUGGAAGUCAUGUAUCAACUGUAGUUAUUGGCACGGUUGGAUAUCUUGAUCCUGAAUACUACAUCUCCAGCUGGCUGACCGAAAAAAGCGACGUAUAUAGUUUUGGCAUUGUGCUUUUGGAGCUAAUUACUGGGCAGCCAGCUAUAAAAAAAGGUCACCAGAACACUCACAUUGUGCAAUGGGUUAACCACUUUCUUGAAAGGGGAGAUAUACAACAAAUUGUUGAUCCAAAGAUGCACGGAGAUUUUGACUUUGGUUCUAUGUGGAAGGCCUUAGAAGCAGCAGUAGCUUGUGUGCCUUCAACCUCUAUCCAAAGGCCAUCAAUGAGUCACAUUGUUGCUGAACUGAAAGAGUCCCUAAAAAUGGAAGCAACUCGAGAACAAAAAGGCAUCAACUCGAUUGAAAUGAAUGUUGUUGAUCUUGAAGCUCAUUGUGGCCCAGAUGCAAGAUAG